CCAACGGAGACCAUGGGCAAGAUCAUCUUUUACGAGGACAAGAACUUCCAGGGUCGGAGCUAUGAGUGCAGCAACGACUGCACGGACCUUCACUCGUAUUUCAGCCGAUGUAACUCCAUCAGGGUGGAGAGCGGCUGCUUCAUGAUCUACGAGCGACCCAACUUCAUGGGCCACCAGUACUUCAUGAGGAGGGGCGAGUAUCCGGACUACCAGAGGUGGAUGGGCUUCAGCAGCUGCAUCCGCUCGUGCAGGAUGAUUCCAUUGUACCGAGGCUCCUACAGAUUGCGUAUCUACGAGAAGCCGGACUUCAGCGGCCACAUGAUGGAGUUCAUGGAUGACUGUCCCUGUGUGUCUGACCGUUUCCACCACCGCCACGUCUACUCCUGUAAUCUUAUGAACGGCUACUGGAUCUUCUACGAGUACCCCAACUACAGAGGCAGGCAGUACUUCCUCAGACCUGGGGAGUACAGGAGGUACCGCGACUGGUGCGCCACCUGCGCCAUCGUCGGCUCCUUCAGGAGGGUCACCGAAUUUUAG